UUUAUUUUGAAGGUGAACAGGUUGUGAACUCUCCGUUGGUCUGGCGCCGGAAGUAGCAGUCUGUAAACAGUCUUCAUCCUCACAACUUCUUCAUCACAUAUAUUUUUUUUAGCAGGCAAGACCAUUAUCGUAAUGGCUUCCACGGUGUCCAUAAAGAUUGGAAUAAUUGGUGGUUCGGGCCUUGAUGAUCCAGAUAUCCUGGAGGGAAGGACUGAGCGUUAUGUGGACACACCUUAUGGAAAGCCCUCUGAUGCUUUAAUUCUGGGGAAGAUAAAAAAUGUGGACUGUGUGCUUCUUGCAAGGCAUGGGAGACAACACACCAUAAUGCCGUCCAAUGUGAACUACCAGGCCAACAUCUGGGCUCUGAGAGAGGAGGGCUGCACACAUCUGCUGGUCACCACGGCAUGCGGAUCACUCCGGGAAGAGAUCCAGCCCGGAGACAUCGUCAUCAUUGAUCAGUUCAUUGACAGGACUACCAAGAGAGCUCAGACUCUGUAUGACGGCCAGCCGACCAGUCCUCCAGGAGUUAGUCACAUCCCCAUGGCUGAGCCUUUCUGCAACCGAACCAGAGAGGUUCUGGUGGAGGUGGCCCGGAGCCUCGGGGUCAAAUGCCACGUGCGAGGGACCAUGCUGAGUAUCGAGGGGCCGCGCUUCUCCUCGCGGUCCGAGAGCCUGAUGUUUCGCCAGUGGGGCGCCGACGUCAUCAACAUGACCACCGUGCCCGAGGUCGUCCUCGCCAAGGAGGCGGGCUUGUGCUAUGCCAGCAUCGCCAUGGCAACAGACUACGACUGUUGGAAGGAGCAUGAGGAGGCGGUCUGUGUCGACAACGUCCUGAAGACGAUGAAGGAAAACGCAAACAAAGCCAGCAGCAUGCUGCUGACUGCGAUACCUCAGAUCAGUCAGAUGGACUGGGCUCAGACAAUAAAGAGUUUGAAAACAAUGGCACAAUCUUCAGUAAUGUUACCCAAACACUAAGCCUGCUGAAAAAGGCGAAGUAGAAAACCGAUCCUGGAAACCCCCCACACCUCCACUGAAAAUAGACUGUGGAUUUGUCAUCAGUGAAUCGCAAGAAAGUGCCUCACAUAAUUAAUGCAUGUGUUCGGUCUGCAGCUGGAGUUUUAGUGUUUUUUCUCUAGUCAAAAUGCACUCAUGAAUCUCCCAUGUAACCCCACUUCCUCAUGAAUCACAGCUCACUCCUUUUCUCUGGAACAAGCAUCAUGUGUCAUCACUAUCCUGUCUAUAACUAUCAUGUUGAGGUACCGAAACUUUUUUUAAAAUCCACAAAAGAUUUAAAGUCUUCUAAAGAUUAUUCUAGAUAUGAAUGUUUUGUGGAUUUAUAUUUUUGUUGGUCCGUAAACAUACACAAAUAUAAACAACGUUAUAUAUUUGCAUGUAAACCAUUGGUGUCUUUACGGCUAUUGCUUUAAUGCUUUGCAACUUUAGCACACACUGCGUUGCUGCCUUGGUUACAACUCUUUUUAAAGUCUGCUCUGAACCUAUUGUAAUCCAGUCCAAUAUGUUCAAGUUCCUGAGUACAAUUUAAUCAAAACUGUGUCUUGUUACUAAUACUGGGAAUAUAUAUUUUUCUUAGGGGCACAUUUUAAUCUGUUUGUAUUUGUGUUUGCACGUGAUCAAGCUUGUGAGUCGACAACCCAGCAGCAUCCGGUUUAAAUAUAGACCAUUUAUAUAUAGAUAAGAUUUUCACUGUAUGGGCAAACUGUUUCCUCGUCGUUAAAGCUAAUAAACUGGUUUUAAAAAACGCUCUUCCAUUUAUUACCAGUGAGUGAUUUUGACCUACUGUAAGACUCAGCAUCUGAUGAAACAGGCCAUUUCUGUUCUUCCUCUUAUCUACAUUUGCUGCUCCUAAAUGUCAUCACACAGCACAGUAUCUAAACAUAAUGACUAACUUUUGUGUUUACUCUUUAUUCGCUUGUCUAUACAAAAUGAAUGCAUUAUUCAGCACAACACUGGUAAAUAAAAAAUGAACUCUU